AUGCGAGCAAUUGUUCAGAGCACGCCAUUAUCAUUCCGAAUGGAUGCAUCGCAAGAAGAUGCGCAUCUGUACAAGAAAUACACGAUUGGUGUUUUUGAUCGUUCACAGAUAAUCAAACAGUACAAUGACCACUCAGCAGACGUAUCACCAAAUUUACCUCACAAUGGUUGUGCUGGCUUCGAAUCCUCAUUUUUCAUGCCAACAAAUGAAAGUUAUAAACUGCUGAUUCUCAUCCGAGCUGUGAGCUUCUUUUUGAACCCGAUGUAUCGUUUCUGGCUGGAGCCAGCUGUACUUCGUGAUGUUAUGCAUGAGCAUGUUCAGCGACUGGGAAAAUCAUUAUUUGCAUUACGCUGUGAUUUGAUAUCUAUCUAUUUAUCCCGUUUACCUGGCCAGAUCACAUUCAUCUCUAAUAGAGUGCGAAUGGAUCCAGUGUUGCUCGAUGGUAAAAGAUCUGAUAUAGUUUCAGGACUUUUUCGAAAAGAUCUGGGGAUGCUGGGCUACUAUUAA